AUGUCUUUGAACAAAUUUGGUUCUUUAUUAAGCAAGAUCAUUGAUGGGAAGCAAGAAACACAGCUUUUUGGAACUCACGGCUGUCCACUUCCAAUUCCACCUCCAAACCCUGCACCAAAUCCUCCUCCAUAUCCACCACCGAGUGAUCCCCCACCGCCUCCGCCUCCGCCUCCACCUCCACCUCCCCCCCCCUUUCCAGACCCAAACCCAGCUCCACCUCCAAAACCUGCACCAGCACCCCCUUUGCCACCCCCACCUCCACCCCCACCUCCACCUCCACCUCCACCUGCACCAGCAGCACCAGCACCAGCACCAGCACCAGGCCAACCUAGUCCACUACCAAAAUCUGGGACAAAAGGGAAUAAUUCUUUCUCCUCACCAAGUGCAUAAUGUGCUUCCACUAGCUUCCUAGCUUCAGUAAAGGCGCAAAGAAGAGCACAGACAAGCACUAAAAGGGAAAACCUGGCAGCAUUCAUCGUUUAUACUAGAACUAGAAUGCUAUAAAAAGAUUUCGUAACGUUUAAUGAGAAAUGGGACUC